AUGAUACGGCGCUGGAGGCUGCAAAGCGUUAAUUAUACCAGACUGAGAGUUAUAUCACAGAUCAAAAGGAAUUGUUAUCGCUUGGCGGAAGACGCAUCCGAUGGUUGUCAGUGA